AUGUUGGAUGCACAAAGAGAAUGGGUCUCUUCCCAAACCGUAAAACCACCCUGGAGAAACAAAGAGCACUGAAUGGAAACUACAAAAACUGCAGUUUAGAAUCUAAGAAGAAGAAGCCUGCUGCUGCUGCUGCUCCUCCUCCUCCUCCUCCUCCUCUGUCCACUGGUCACUCGCUCCAGCCUGCACAGGGAGAGUCCAGCCAAUGUUCAGACUUGUCUGGCUACAAAAGACCCCCAUCCCCCCUGUUGGCCACCCAGCCCCACAGCUUUCUGCCCAGUGACCCCGGCCAGUGGAACAUAGAGGACGUCUAUGAGUUCAUCUCCUCUCUGCCAGGUUGUCUGGAGAUUGCUGAGGAGUUCCGUUCUCAGGAGAUCGAUGGACAGGCCCUGCUGCUGCUGAAGGAAGACCAUCUCAUGGGAACCAUGAACAUCAAACUGGGCCCUGCGCUCAAGAUCUUUGCCCAGAUCAGCACACUUAAAGACACGUAGCCCAUCUCACCCUUCACACACACACACACACACACACACAUACUGCUGUCAAAGGAAGUUUUGCUGUGAUAGACAAACAUGAUGUGCUCAGGAUCCCACAAGGUGUCUUAACUGUGCGUUGAGUUCAGGUACUGGGCCAGAAUUGUUUGCUGGACGUUUUGUCAUGGCCUGUUGAACACGAGGACAUCAGCUGGGACUGUUCCAAUCACCUUUUACACUGGUAACAUGACUCUGGCAGUACUUCAGGAAAACCUCAGCCCAUAGUUUGACAAGAAUGGUUGUUAGGUAGGCUGUGUUGGGAAAAGUGUUUCUUUGAGAACAUGUUGUUUUCAUAAUGUAUUACUGUUCUUUGGGUUCCCGCAGGGGAGGUUGAAGGUUAGCAGUUGAUUUGUUCUAGUAUUUCUCACAGGAGUAUGACUCAAGGUUUUAGAUGUGUGCCCAACAUUCUGGGAAACUAAACUAAAUAGCCACUUGAUUACAAGAUCAGUGUCCUGUGCAUCUUGUGCAGAGCUACAGUCAGUUUAUAUUACCUACAUAUCAAGGCCCUGCACUGCCGUCUCUUUGACCUCUGGACAUAUCAGUCACUUGGGUGCUCCUAAAAUUCAUAAGAGGGAGAAUUUUGAAAAAAUUAAAAUCAAUGGAGGAUAGCAAUAAAGGUAAAAAAAAAAAUAA